AAAUCUGGAGAAGCAACGACGACCAACACCCAACAACUGCUCCUCCGUCUGCCAAGCUACAGUCUGCGUGUAUUGCUCCGUCCUGGUCCAGACAGCCAGUGGCCCCGGUCAUCAGUGACUCGCAACUGCAGCAGUCGUAUCAAUAGCAGCAACAACAGCAGCAACAACAGCCAAACAUGAAGCUCUACUCCACCACCUUCACCUACGACCACCCAUGGUCCACUGUCACACUCGCCUACUUCCUGCGCUACCCCAAUCCAUAUGCGCAACAUGUCCUCGCCAGUGAUAUCCUCUCGAGGCAUGUCGACACACAAGGCACACUCCAUACGACACGCCUCCUCGUCAAGCGCGGCAAGCUGCCCAAAUGGGGCGCAAAGAUUCUCAACAUCUCGCAAACCUAUAUCAUUGAACAUUCCAUCGUGAAUCCAGCGACAAUGGAGAUGCAGACAGAGUCGCGCAACCUGGAUCACACCCGCGUGCUCAAAGUAGUCGAGUCGCAGCGCAUGACCGCAUCCCUCGCAGAUCCAACACAAACAGUCGUAGAGACCACUGCGAGAGCCUACAGCAAUCUCUUCUUUGGCGUCAGUGGACGUAUAGAAGGCCUCGGCGUCUCCAAAUUCAGAGAGAAUUUUGAGCGGUCUCGUCUCGGUAUGCAAGUUAUUUUGGAUGCUCUGUCCCGAAGAGAAGGCCCAACUUCAACAGGCAUCCGACUCGGUCAGGGACUUGGAGCGCGCUGGCGUAGCGUGCGGGAGUGGCAGGCACGCAUGAACGCUUGAUGAUUUAUUCUACAGAUGCAUAGCGGCAGCAUGUCUUUUCUCAACUCAUUCAUCUCAUGGUCUUUCUGUGCACUGCUAUCGUCCACCGCUUUCUGAUGCAUCCCUCGCUCUCAAUCAGCAGCAUAAAACAACUCGCAAUCCAGCUAGCACUGACUUCUGCUGAAAGCAGCGAGACAGUGACGUUAAGUAUGUCUGCAAUAUGGUCAGUCACUAAGGCACAGCUUCCUCAAGCUCGAGCUGCAGCAUGAACUCAUGAGCAUGAGUAAAGAGAGCUGUAUCUCCA